CUGACUUGCACCCAAUGCUCUCUUUCAUGGAAGUCAGAUCUUUCCUUCGCUGCAAAGCAUUAUUAAUCAUUAUAUAUAGAAAUAUAGGGAGUAGCUCAACCUCAACCUUGUCACAGAUCAUCAAAGAAAAUUCAUGGCGUCCUUCUCCUUCACAGUAUUGGAGCAAUCAGCGGUUUCACCGCCGACCGGUGCUGAUAUCGGCGAUCCACUCCCACUCACCUUCUUCGACAUCAUGUGGAUGACCAGCGGCGCAGUGCGCCGCCUCUUCUUCUACCGUUUCCCUCAUCCUACCGUCUACUUCAUUGACUCUGUCCUCCCGGCUCUCAAGUCCUCCCUCUCCACCACCCUGCACCGCUUCUACCCUCUCGCAGGAAAAUUCCGAUGCUCCGACGAAGACGAGGGCAAGCUCGAGUUACGUUACAAAGAAGGUGACUCAGUCCCGUUCAUAGUCGUCGAGUACGACGGUGAUUUCGACGAUGUCUCCGGUGACCACGGCCGUGCUGUGUCCAAGAUCCGACCUUUGGUCUCCGAGUUACGGACAGACUUCUACGAGGACAUGCCGUUGCUCGCCGUGCAAGUCACAGUGUUCCCAAACAAAGGUUUUGUCAUCGGCCUCAAAAUAAGCCACAUCGCUUGCGAUGGCCGGAGUUUCAUCCAUUUCGUCAGAUCCUGGGCAGCGGUUUGCCGUGCGGAAAGCUCGGCUGAGUCUCUUCCCUCUUUCGAUAGAACCAUGUUCGAGUUCCCUGAAAAGCUAGGCACUGCUACUCCCGGCGACGUGAAAGAUUUCUUUGAGAGUAACAAGCAAUCACCCAAGAUCACCACUUCAAACGAUGAUGCCAGCUUGUUCGUGUUGAAGAGUUUCAAACUCGGCAAAGAAGACAUCGAAAAGCUGAAGCGAAGAGUACUACAGCUCUCGGCGGAGACAGUGCGUUGCUCGAGUUUCAUGGUGACGUGCGCGUGGGCGUGGGUGAGUCUCGUCAAAACACGAGCUUACAACGCCGAGAGAAAAGUUCAGUUAAUAUUCCAGGCUGAUGCACGACGACGGUUGAACCCACCGGUCUCUGCUGAUUACUUUGGGAACUGCAUACGGCCUUGUUUUGCUGAAGCGGUGGUGAGUGAUCUCAUUGGUGAGAAUGGACUUGUGUUUGCUUGUGAGGCUAUUAGGAAUGGGAUUAAAGAGUUGGAAGUUGGGGUUUUUAAUGGGUGUGAUGAGUGGGGGAAUAGGUUCUUGAAAGCUGAGCAGCCGAUGGCGGUGACUUCGUCGCCAUUGUUCAGGGUUUAUGAUGCUGAUUUUGGGUGGGGGAGACCGGUGAAGGUUGAUGUGGCGUCGCUUGGGGGCAGUCCUGGGUUGGUGUCGCUCGCUGAGAGCAGAGAUGGGGAAGGAGGGAUUGAGUUUGCUAUCUCGCUUGAAGAGAAGGAGAUGGCUGCUUUUCACUCCUUCCUCUUGCUUGCACUUGAUGGCUAGUGCUGAUAUAUAUAUAUAUGUUAUGUUGUAUGAUUGUGCUGCUGGUUUG